CCAGAAUCUUCCAUGCAACGUAAACUCACUCCACGUUUGUGCUUGAUAAGUAGAUGGAAAAAAAAUAAUAGAAAGUACUAAAUGAAAUCUAUAUAACGUCAUUAUUGUAUUCAGGAGUACAGUUAUUAUGGAAAUAGAAUCAAUUACCUCCAAGGGUUGACCAAUCAGCCAAAUUACUUGGGUAUCGUUAGAUAGUUUUUCAAAUUAUCUAGUGGUUCCUCUUAUACUACAAUCGAUGCCAUUGGAGUCAUGCUCCAGGUUUCCUUGACAACGGCGUCAGGCACAAUCAAAACACAUGUGGCUCAGAGAACCUCAGCCUUACAUUCCUACUCCAGUUAUUCGUGGUAUUAAUCUCGUCAAUCAUUAGUCAUUUUCAAAAUGCGGUUUAAAAUAGCGAAAUGGAAUAACAUUAAUGGCCAUAAAAAAAUAGUAACAUGUGUUGCUUGGAAUUCAUCGGAGGAAAUUUAUUCCACAGGAGAAGACCACCUGCUGAUCUGCUGGCAUCUAGAAGGUGGUACAGCUCACCCAUCCACGGUGACUCAGUUCCCAAACGACUUCAAUCCAACCGACAUGCAAUGGCACCCCCGUUCGAUCCAAAAUGUCGGCACCAGCAUGAUAAAGCAGUCCCUCGACGUGCUGCUGAUAACAACAGCAGACGGAAAGUUCCACUUUGUGAACAAGAAUGGUCGAAUUGAGAAGAGUGUCGAGGCUCACAAGGGGGCUGCCCUGUCUGGCAAAUGGAGCACUGAUGGUUCUGCACUGCUGACAAGUGGGGAGGAUGGAAGCAUAAAAAUCUGGUCACGAAGUGGAAUGCUCCGUUCGACCAUUGUCCGAGGCUCUCUACCGGUCUUGGGAGUCAGCUGGAGUCCAGACUGCUCCAUAAUUCUCUUCUCCCAGGGCUCUCAACUGGCAAUUCAAUCAUUGAACUCAAAUUCAAAGCCUAGAAAGUGGUUUGCUCACGAAGGUCUCGUUCUCGUUGUCUCCUGGAAUCGCAGUAAUGGAUUGAUUGUCUCGGGUGGAGAAGAUUGUCGAUAUAAACUCUGGGACAGCAGUGGAAAUCAAUUGUACAGCAGUGGGGUCGGAGAAUAUCCGAUUACGUCUGUUAAUUGGGCAGUCAAUGGUAAUUACUUUGCUGUUGGAUCAUACAACACCAUCAAACUCUGUGAUAAAACUGGAUGGUCUCAUUCACUGGAGAAAAUUAAUACCGGAAGUAUUUACAGCAUUGCUUGGUCCAAUGAUAGCACUCAAGUGGCGAUGGCAUGUGGCAAUGGAAGUGUCUUAACGGCUCAUGUCAUUGAUAGACGUCUUGAGUGGAAUAAUUAUGAAGCCACCUUGGUUAGAAGGAAAACUAUUGAAGUAAGGGAGGUUGGAAAUGCUGUGUUGGAGACACUCGAGAUUGCUGACAGGAUUGUGCACUUUAAAUUUGCCUUUGGACAUCUUGUUGUUGUUACACCGAGCCAAUGUCACGUUUAUUCUACGAGUAAUUGGAAUACACCAGCUAUUUUUGAGCUGAAAAAUGCGGCCAUCUCUGCGGUCCUGCUUGCGGAUAAGCAUUUUGUACUCGUAGAAUGGAAUUCUCUGACGCUCUAUAGCUAUCAAGGACGACUGCUGAGUGUCCCUAAGUGGAAGGGAAUGAGCCAAGAGCCUCUUCACCCUCCCUGCAUUGCUCUCUGUUCAGACACCCUUGUCGUGAGGGAUCAGACUAACGAGAAACUCCUUCAUAUCCUGGAGAUUUCAAAUAACAAGCCAGCAGUGGAGGCUCAGCCUCAUCUGCAUCUCAAUAACAUUGCCGAGAUAGCAAUCAACUGCAUGGGGAGCUUAAAUGAUCGCCAGUUAGCCUUUAUCGAUAUAAAUAGAGAUUUGUAUCUUGUGACUGUGAGAACAAGUGGGUUCGGGCGCGUUUGUAAGAUAGCUGCUAUGGUACAGAGCAUCGCCUGGGCGACAGACGCUAAUGUAUUAGCUGCUAUGUUGGAUGCAUCGUUAUCAGUCUGGCUGUGUCCCAAUUGCGUUCAUUACAGUGAUAGGAAAGUCAUCAGAAGGACUCGAAUUGAUAAAGAGAACAGUGAAUUUGGAAAGCAACCGAGUAUCGUAAGUGUCCAGAAUGGAAUGGUAACAGUACGACGUGGUGAUGGAGCUCUAGUGGCCACAGCAUUUUACACAUUUUUCACGAGUUUACAUAAACAUAUUACGCGAGAUAAGUGGCAGGAAGCUCUCUCCUUAUGUAGGAUUGCUCAGAAUGAGAUUUUAUGGACUUGUAUAGCAGUCAUGGCAACUGAAGGUAAACAGUUGGAAGCUGCAGAGGAGGCUUACGCUGCUAUUGAGAGAUACGACAAAGUGGAUUACAUCCAGUGGAUAAAGAAAUUACCGAAUAAAACGGAGAAAUUGGCGGAAAUGUCUCUGCUAGCUGGUGAUUUAUUAGGAGCAGAGGGAAUUUUGCUCCAGAAUGGACUCAUCGGUGAGGCGAUACGCAUUAAUAUUCAAAUGUAUAAUUGGAAUAGAGCCUUGGAGCUGGCGGUGAGACACAAGAAAUUAAUGGAAGAAGUCUUAGAAGCUAGAAAUAUGUACCUGAAGGUGUUGGAAAAAGCGGAGACCAGUCCUAGUUAUCUAGCGUUGAUGACUACUAAAACAAAACCUGAGUCGCCGGAAGUGAUGAAGAAAGAAAAGGAGCAAUUGGAAAUGGAUGAAUUGAUAGACGAAACCACAGUUUUCUAGAGAGAGGAAGUUUGGAAAAAAUAGAUUC